AUGAUCGUACCACGACAAUCCCGUGCCCCGACCGGUACACACCCCGUGCCCGGGUCCCCCCUUCAUAGUUCACACCCCCUGCCCCCUCAUGCCAUCCGCUCCCCCCGCCCCUACCCUCCGCGUGCCCGCUCCCUCGCCGCCUCUUUUGACCCUCCCUGCCCCCCUCGCCGUUACCCACCGCUCGCCAUUCGCUCCUCCCCGCCCGUGCCCUCCCCUCGUUUACCUUCGCCUCCCCCCUCCCCCUCCUCUGCUGCACGCCUCUUCCUUCCCUCGCUAACCCACUCCACUCCCUGCCCCUCCUCAAUCCGCACCCUGCCCCUCCUUCUCCCCUCCCUGCCUCUCCCUCCUCCCCGGCCCUGCCCCUCAUUUUCCGCCCCCCCACGCCCGGUUUCUCCCCUCCCUGCACCUCCCUUUCUUUCUCCGUGCCUCUCCUUUGCUCCCUCCCUGCCCCCGCCUGCCCAUGCCCCUGUCUUUGGUUUCUCCCCUCCCUGCCCCACGUUUCUUCCCAUCCCUGAGAUCACCUUGUACCCCCUCUGCCCCUCCCUUGUUCUCCCCGCACCCAUUGCUUCUCCCCUCCCUGCCCUUGAUUUCCCGCACCCCUGCCCUUGUUUCCUACCAUCCAUGCCCCUCGUUUCCCCUCUUUGUACGUUCACCCUCUUCCCUCCCUGCCCCUCCCUUCCUCCCCCCUGCCCCUUUGCUUUCCCCUCCACGCCCCUCACCUCUCACCUCCGUUCAACUGGAUUCCCCCCCUCUGGUGGCAUCCCUUGCAUCGCUCGCCCCUCUGCUCACCUCUGCCCGCCCCUUUUCCUUGCCCUCAGCUGGCCCAGCCCCUGCCCGUUGCUGCCCCUCCCCUUGCCCCCUCAACUCCCCUGCCCCCCGUACACCCACUCCCGUCCAACCGCCCCCACCCUCCCCCGGCUGCCCGUUUUCCGCUCUCCACCCCCGCGACCGUGUGCGGCUUCCAACCGCCCAACGGUGUCACACCCCCUGCCCCCUCAUGCCAUCCGCUCCCCCGCCCCUACCCUCCGCGUGCCCGCUCCCUCGCCGCCUCUUUUGACCCUCCCUGCCCCCCUCGCCGUUACCCACCGCUCGCCAUUCGCUCCUCCCCGCCCGUGCCCUCCCCUCGUUUACCUUCGCCUCCCCCUCCCCUCCUCUGCUGCACGCCUCUUCCUUCCCCUCGCUAACCCACUCCACUCCCUGCCCCUCCUCAAUCCGCACCCUGCCCCUCGUUUCUCGCCCCCCUACGCUUGGUUUCUCCCCUCCCUGCCCCUCGCCGCCUUUCUCCGCUCCCCACCUCCCCCUCUCCCUGCCCCCCCACUCUCCUCCACUUGCCCUUGGCUUCCCACCUCCUGCCCCACCUUUCCCCCUCCGUGUGCUCAGCUUCUCCCCUCCCUGCCUCUCCCUCCUCCCCGCCCUGCCCCUCAUUUUCCGCCCCCCCACGCCCGGUUUCUCCCCUCCCUGCACCUCCUUUCUUUCUCUCCGUGCCUCUCCUUGCUCCCUCCCUGCCCCGCCUGCCCAUGCCCCUGUCUUUGGUUUCUCCCCUCCUGCCCCACGUUUCUUCCCUCCCUGAGAUCACCUUGUACCCCCUCUGCCCCUCCCUUGUUCUCCCCGCACCCAUUGCUUUCUCCCCUCCCUGCCCUUGAUUUCCCGCACCCCUGCCCUUGUUUCCUACCAUCCAUGCCCCUCGUUUCCCCUCUUUGUACGUUCACCCUCUUCCCUCCCUGCCCGCCCUUCCUCCCCCCCUGCCCUUUGCUUCCCCUCCCCCUGCCCGUUGCUGCCCCUCCCCUUGCCCCCUCAACUCCCCUGCCCCCCGUACAACCCCACUCCCGUCCAACCGCCCCACCCUCCCCCGGCUGCCCGUUUCCGCUCUCCACCCCCGCGACCGUGUGCGGCUUCCACCGCCCAACGGUGGUCGCACGGGGCGUUUCUUCGCGCGGGCAAGCCUCCCGGGGCCCCCCACCCCGCUGA